AUGGGGGCCGAUAUGGCUGCGCCUGGCUCGGUUUGGCUCAGCAGUCAAAACCGCAACUUUGAGAAUCGCAUGGGCAAAGGUGCUCUUGGCUCGUUGGCCUCGGCCGCCACAGUGGCCGCGUCUUCUUUUGACAUGAAGGUCACAUCGCCCCAGGACCUGAUUGAUCUCAUCCCGGAUGAGCUCUGGGAGAAAGUCAAGGGCAAAGGUUCAUUGCCUACUGGUGCCCUGGAGGAGCCAUCGUGGGUUGAGCCUGCUGGACGAGACGGUCUCGAAUCAGCUGAUGAGCCGGCAGAAGAGACUGCCCCUGCGGCAUCCAGCAACGGCAGCGAUGCAGCUGAUGCAGCCUCAACAGAAAAUAACACAACCCAGGGUAUAAUCAAGAGCAAAGUGUACCGUUUGGGAGACUUUGUCGAUACAGACGCGCUCGCUCCUGCUCAGUUCCUACUCACAUCCAAGGACAACAAAGAGCUUGGGUCCCACUGUAUGGAGAGGAACGAGCCAGGCUUCCGCGACGCGGUCAAAGACGGCCACGAAGUCAUUGUCGGCGGCAAGGCGUUCGGUUGCGGGUCCAGCCGACAGGAAGCCGUACAAGCUCUACUAGGCGUCGGGGCGAAAUGCGUCAUCGCCAAGAGCUUCGCCUUCAUCUUUGCGCGCAACAUGCCGUCGCUCGGCCUGCUGGGAUUCACCAUCAGCGACGAGCGCUUCUACGAGCUCGCCGGCACGGGCGCCGCCAUCGAGAUCGACCUGGACCAGAACAUGCUCCGCAUCGGCGGCGAGGCCUUCCCCUUUGCCCUGUCGGCGCUGGAGAAGAAGCUGACCGAGAUCGGGGGCAUGACCAAUGCCUUUUCGAGGUUUGGGAAGCGCAUCUACGACGUCCUGGCCGGCGGCGCUACGGCAAAGGUGGUGCCGAGGCCGUUGGCGGCGGAGGGAGCCAUGUCUUGGUGA